AUGUUCCGUCAACUUCUACAUGUUGGUAAACGAUCCUUGUCGACUGACAAUCCAUUAAAACCAACUGUAUUUGCGCUAUCUACCAAAUUUGGCAAAUCUGCAAUCGCAGUUGUUAGAAUUUCUGGUCCUCAAUCAAAGUACAUCUACCACAAGUUAACCAACUCGACUAAACCACCUAAGAAUAGAAUUGCCAGUGUCCGUAAAUUAUACUCCCCUGAACCCCAUUCCAAUAAGAAGUCGGUUUUUCUAGAUGAAGCUUUAACAUUAUUUCUACCUGGUCCGAAAACAUACACUGGAGAAGAUUUAUUGGAAUUGCAUUUACAUGGUGGUGUUGCAAUUAUCAAAUCUGUGUUACAAUCGAUUAAAAAACUACAUGACCCCAAUAAUGGAGUAAUUAUUAGACAAGCAGAUCGAGGAGAGUUUUCUAAACAAGCAUUUUACAAUGGCCGACUAGAUUUAACUGAAUUAGAAGGGAUAAAUGACAUGAUUAAUGCUGAAACCGAACUGCAAAGAUUGGCGAGUUUAGCAUCACUGUCAGGACAGACCAAAAUAGAAUUUAUGAAGUGGAGAAAUGAAAUUAUUAAUCAAAUGGCUAAUUUGACAAUGAUUAUUGAUUUCGGUGAGGAUCAUGAUAUCGAAGAAACUGAUCGAAUGAUACGAGAUGUGAAAGAGAAUAUUGCAAAAAUUGAACUGGAAAUUAAAGCUUAUUUGUCAAAAGUAAAGUCACUGCAAAUUUUGUUGAAUGGUAUUCAGUUGGCAUUAUUGGGACCACCAAAUGCUGGGAAGUCGUCUAUAUUGAACAUAUUGGCAAACAAAGAUGCUGCUAUUGUUAGUGAGAUUGCAGGGACUACGAGAGAUAUUCUUGAUAUACCAUUAGAGAUCGGAGGAUAUAAAGUAGUUGUAGGUGACACUGCAGGGAUCCGAUCAUUUGAAGAAGCUGACUCUAUUGAACAGGAAGGAAUUAAAAGAGCUAAACAGAGGUCAAUGUUGGCAGAUUUUGUGAUUGUAGUACUAGAUCCCAUGUCAGUGGAAAAGGAACCCUUGGAAUUGAAAGAACAUCUAAAAACUUUAGUUAAGGCAAAUAAACAAAUGCUAAUUGUAUUGAAUAAGCAAGACUUGUUUGCAAGCAGAUCUGAAGAAAUGAUUUCAAACUACUCUCGAUUGCUUGACUUACCCAAGAACUAUUUUCAUGUAGUUUCAUGCUCAACUGGAUCAGGAAUUGACAAUCUUCAAAAACUAUUAAUUGAAAAAUUCAAAGACUUAUCUCAGUCAGAAACUUCUAAUCCUAUUAUUGUUUCUUCUCGAGUACAGGAUAUUUUGGAAAAUGAUAUUUUAUUCGGAUUCAAAGAGUUUUAUCAUUGGGCUGACGCUGAGGAUGUUCUUGUAGCAACAGACUGUCUCCGCCAAUCGGUUGAUGGAAUAGGGAAGAUUACUGGACAAUCGAUCGACUUAGAAGAGAUCUUGGACGUGGUAUUUUCAAGCUUUUGUAUUGGUAAAUAG